GUCCGGUCACACCGAAUGUACAAUCGUCCAUUUUGUCAACGCUCCCAGCGGCAUCCAGAACGUUUCGUAACUCAUUCACGUUAAAAUGUCGGGAGGCUUAGAUAUUCUGUCCCUCAAAGAGGAUGACAUUACCAAGAUGUUGGUCGCUACCACCCAUCUGGGUUCGGAAAACGUUAAUUUCCAGAUGGAGCAGUACGUCUUCAAGCGUCGUGCCGAUGGUGUGAAUAUCAUCAACCUUGGCAAGACCUGGGAGAAGCUGGUGCUCGCUGCCCGCGCCAUUGUGGCCAUUGAGAACGCCUCCGAUGUGUUCGUCAUCUCGUCGCGUCCCAUUGGUCAGCGCGCUGUACUGAAGUUCGCUAAGUAUACCGACACCACACCAAUUGCUGGCCGCUUCACUCCUGGUGCGUUCACCAAUCAGAUUCAGCCCGCUUUCCGCGAGCCACGUCUGUUGGUCGUCACCGAUCCCAACACCGACCACCAGCCCAUUAUGGAGGCUUCGUAUGUGAACAUUCCCGUGAUUGCCUUCACCAACACGGAUUCGCCACUGCGUUACAUUGAUAUUGCCAUUCCGUGCAACAACAAGUCGCCCCAUUCUAUUGGUCUGAUGUGGUGGCUCUUGGCUCGUGAGGUGCUCCGUCUGCGCGGCACCAUCUCGCGUACCACCGAGUGGCCUGUUGUGGUCGAUCUGUUCUUCUACCGUGAUCCCGAGGAGGCAGAGAAGGAGGAGGCUGCUGCCGCCAAGGAGCUGCUGCCACCACCCAAGAUUGAGGAGGCCGUCGACCAUCCCGUCGAGGAAACCACCAACUGGGCCGAUGAGGUUGCUGCCGAGACUGUUGGCGGUGCUGAGGACUGGAAUGAGGACACCGUGAAGACCUCAUGGGGCAGUGAUGGCCAAUUCUAAAACCUGACGCAAAGAUCAUUGGUGUUCAAGCGACAAUGCUGCAUAAAUAAAAUCAGAUUUAUGUUUCAUAA